GCGCGGCGGGCCGGGACGGCGGCGGACGGCGGCAAUGCGGCUGCUGGCGCUGCCCACCGUGGGCUGAGGCAGCCGCGGCACCGGCGGGAGGCGCAGCCGGCCGGGCGAGCCGAGGGUGCAGCCAGGCGGGCGGACCGCGGACAGCGGCCGGGGCGCCGCGCCAUGGGCCGAGCCGGGCGCGGGGGGCCCGGGUCGGGGCCGCCGCCGCUGCUGCUGCUUCUGGGGGCCACGCUGGUCCUCGCCACUGGGGCCGUGCCGGCACGUGAGGCAGGAAGCGCGGUUGAGGCCGAGGAGCUAAUAAGGAGUGUACUGUCGUGGGAACCGCAUGCUAAUGACACGCGGGAGGAGGCGGGCCUGCCUGGGACUGGUGAAGGCGAGACCUUGUGGACGGCCCCUGGCAGCGAGCUGGCCUCUGUGGGCCCUGGGGUCGGGCCUGAGGAGGCACUAGAGUCAUCAGCUGCAGUGACUGGCACCGCCUGGCUAGAGGUCGACAGCCCAGGCCUAGGCGGAGUGACCGCAGAGACUGGUAGCGGUGAUGCCCAGGCCCUUCCAGCUACUCUCCAGGCUCCUGACGGGGCCUUUGGGCAGUCGGACAGUGCCCCUGCCACCUCUGAGGCUACUGAAGCCAGUGGGCCACCCUCCCCCACUGCUUUUGAUAAGCAGAGCCCAGGUCCUGAACUCCCCAAGGAGAGCCCCUUGGAGGUUUGGCUGAACCUAGGAGGCAGCACACCUGACCCUCAAGGGCCAGAGCCCACUGACCCACUUCAAGGUACACCAGAGCAACCAGCCUCAGAUAUAAUUGACAUCGACUACUUUGAAGGAUUGGACAGUGAGGGUCGUGGUGCAGACCUAGGGAGCUUCCCAGGGUCACCAGGAACCUCAGAGAACCACCCUGAUACCGAAGGAGAGACCCCUUCUUGGAGCCUCCUUGACUUAUACGAUGACUUCACCCCCUUUGAUGAGUCUGAUUUCUAUCCUACCACAUCCUUCUACGAUGACUUGGAGGAAGAGGAAGGCGACGAGGACAAGGAUGCAGUGGGAGGAGGAGACCUAGAAGAUGACAGUGACCUUUUUGUGCCCACUGAUAAGCCUGGUGUGGGGCCCGGGACAGGCCAGCCCACCAGUCGGUGGCAUGCUGUUCCUCCACAGCAUACUCUGGGGAUGGUCCCCAGCAGCAGCAUUGCCCUCAGGCCCCGCCCAGGAGAGCGCCGGGACCUGGCCUCAAAUGAAAAUGGCACUGAGUGCCGUAGUGGCUUCGUGCGGCACAAUGGCUCCUGCAGGUCAGUGUGCGACCUCUUCCCAAGUUACUGUCACAAUGGCGGCCAGUGCUACCUGGUGGAGAACAUAGGGCCCUGCUGCAGGUGCAACACACAGGACUACAUCUGGCACAAGGGGAUGCGCUGCGAGUCCAUCAUCACCGAUUUCCAGGUGAUGUGCGUGGCCGUAGGCUCUGCAGCCCUUGUGCUGCUCCUGCUCUUCAAUGAUGACAGUCUUCUUGCCAAGAAACUCUAUCUGCUCAAGACUGAGAAUACCAAGCUGCGGAGACCAAGUGACAAAUUCCGGACUCCAUCUGAGCUCCACAACGAUAACUUCUCCCUCUCCACCAUUGCUGAGGGCUCUCACCCAAAUGUAAGGAAAUUUUGCGACACUCCCCGUAUCUCCUCCCCCAAUGCCCGUGCCUUGGCUCACUAUGAUAACGUUAUCUGUCAGGAUGAUCCUAGUGCUCCCCACAAAAUCCAGGAAGUUCAGUCCUGCCUGAAAGAGGAGGAGUCAUUUAACAUCCAGAACUCCAUGUCACCCAAACUUGAGGGUGGCAAAGGUGACCAGGCCGACUUGGAGGUGAACUGUCUCCAGAAUAACUAACAUAAAGCAGAGGCAAGAAGAGAGGAAGCGGGGUGGGGGCGGGGAGAAGAAACAUUAUCUCCUCUUGUACAGAGUCUGUUCCUCGUAACCAUUUGUUAGACUCUUUUCUUUUUCUGAUCUCAUGGCAUGCUUUGAUGUAUUUUGUACAGGAGGGGAAAGAAAUACUUAAAAUAAGCAAAGAAACUGAACAGAAUUGCAUACGUUGGAUUGUUUAUCUGUGCUGUCUGUACAUUGCUUCUGCGCUGUGAUUUCUAAACCUACACUGUUAUUCAACUGACUUUUUUUUUGUACUUUGACCCACCUUUUUUUGGAAUACCAGUAAAAAACAAAGUUCUUGAAAUAAACUUUUAAAAAAGCUAUCCUCUUUCUAAAUGUCACGUGCCCACUCCCUACCCAUUCUUACCAGUUUGACGUGAAUUCUGACCUUCAUUGGAGAUACGCUAUAACAAAAACACAACAGGCUUAAACAACAGGAAUUUAUUUUCUCACAGUUCUGGAGUCUGGAAGUCCAAGGUCAGUGUGUCAAUAGUGUUGAUUUCUGAUGAGGCUUCUCCCUCUAGCUUGCAAAUGGCCACCAUCUUGCUAAGUUGUCACAUGGCCUUCCUUCUUUGUGCAGACAGAGAUCACCAAUGUCUCUUCUUGUUCUAAGAAGGCCUCUUUGAUUGCCUCAUAAUCAGCUUCUUAAAGGCCUGUCUCUAACUAUAAUCAGGUUAGAGGUUGAGACUUCAAUGUAUAAAUUCAAGGGCACGGCACAAUUCAGACCAGUCUCUCUCAUCUACUGUCAAAAAUACUAAAAAAAAAAAAAAUUCUUAAAUUGGGCAUGGUGGUGCAUGCCUAUAAUCCCAGUGGCU